AUGUACAAUUCGGAUGUGUUUGAAUAUGAGCUGAACAGCCCAAUGACUCUAUAUGGAUCAAUCCCUUUCAUGCAAGCUCACAGGAAAGAUUCUACGGUUGGCGUUUUCUGGCUGAAUGCUGCGGAGACCUGGGUUGACAUCGUUAAGUCGACGCUUCUUCCCAACCCAAUGUCUAUAGGAGUAGACGCAAAGACCACGACUGAAACUCAUUGGUUUUCGGAAAGCGGUCAGUUGGAUGUCUUUGUGUUCCUUGGUCCAACCCCUGAUACUAUCUCAAAGACCUACGGCGAACUUACCGGUUUUACUCAACUUCCACAACAGUUUGCCAUUGCUUACCACCAAUGCCGCUGGAACUACGUUACCGAUGAGGACGUCAAGGAUGUCGACCGCAAGUUCGAUAUGUACCAAAUACCAUAUGACGUUAUCUGGCUUGACAUCGAAUACACUGAUGGAAAGAAGUAUUUCACCUGGGAUCCUCACACCUUCCCUGACCCGCUUAGUAUGCAGAAACAACUUGACGCCUCUGAACGUAAGUUGGUCUAUAUCAUCGAUCCUCAUAUUAAAGUUGAGGAAAACUACCCUAUCGUCGAUGAACUGAAGAAGAAGGAACUCGCUGUUCUAAACAAGGAUGGGGAUAUUUACGAGGGAUGGUGUUGGCCCGGAUCAUCUCACUGGGUAGACUGCUUCAAACCUGCUGCAAUGGAAUGGUGGGCCAAUCUUUUCAAAUAUGAAAACUUUAAGGGAACAGCAUCCAACUCGUGGCUAUGGAACGAUAUGAACGAGCCUUCUGUCUUCAAUGGACCCGAAACAACCAUGCCAAAAGACAAUAUACACCAUGAUAGAUGGGAGCACCGCGAUGUCCAUAAUGUCAACGGAUUAACGUUCGUCAACGCUACAUACAAUGCACUCAUUGAACGUAAAGAGGGAGAAUUAAGGCGCCCUUUCAUCCUCACUCGAUCAUUUUAUGCUGGAUCUCAGCGUAUGGGUGCAAUGUGGACCGGUGAUAACCAGGCAGAGUGGAGUCACUUAGCUGCUUCGAUUCCUAUGGUUCUUAAUAACGGAAUUGCUGGCUUCCCCUUUGCCGGAGCAGACGUCGGAGGAUUCUUCGGUAACCCAAGCAAAGAGCUUCUGACCAGAUGGUACCAGGCAGGUGCUUUCUAUCCCUUCUUCCGUGCUCACGCACACAUCGACACCCGUAGGCGAGAGCCGUACAUGGUUGGUGAACCAUACCGAGAUAUCAUUACACAGGCGCUCAAGGUCCGAUAUCAACUUCUGCCAGCAUGGUACACGGAGUUCCAGCGUGCUUCUAUCAACGGUUCCCCGAUCCUUCGACCACAGUAUUACGUUCACCCAUCAGAUGAACAAGGAUUUGCUCUCGACGACCAGUUCUACCUCGGCCACACUGGCCUUCUGGUCAAACCAGUUGUUACUCAAGGUUCCACCAGUGUUGAUGUUUACAUCGCCGACGAGGAGAAGUACUAUGACUACUUUGAUUUUACCAUUUACCAGGGCGCCAACAAGAAGCAUAUUAUCAACGCUCCAUUGGAGAAAAUUCCUAUUCUCAUGCAGGGCGGCCACAUAGUUCCGAGAAAGGACAGGCCACGACGAAGCAGCGGGUUGAUGAAGUACGACCCGUACACUCUGAUCGUGGUCCUUGAUAGUAAGGGUCAAGCCGAGGGAGAACUAUAUGUGGAUGAUGGUGAAACAUUUGACUAUAAGCAAGGAGCAUAUAUCCACCGUCAAUUCUCCUUCUCAGGCACCAGUCUAUCAUCCACAGAUCAGUCCAUCAGCGGUUCCAAAACGAACCAGUAUCUUAAGGCUAUGGCAGAAGUGCAUGUUGAAAAGAUUGUUAUUGUUGGCGCCCCCAGCAGCUGGAAGGGUAAGGACAGCGUUUUGGUACUUGAAGACGGCGCAAAGUCUGGUAUCAGGGCCAGCAUGGACUGGCAUAAUGCCGAGAGUGGAAAGGCGGCAUUCGCGAUUGUGAAGAAGCCUGGGGUUUCUAUCACCAAGUCAUGGAAGAUCGACUUUGCUUAG